AGCUUACAUUCUAGUUGGGGGGAGGGAGAGCACAAUGCCCUGAAGAAGAUGGAAUUAGAUGCCCUGUGGUCUUUGGUUGUAUCAACAGGGCAGGUGGCAAGGUUCUUAAAGCAUAUGGUUGGAAAGGGGUGGUCCUAGCCAAAUCUGAAUGGGCAGAGUUCAAGCCGGGACCAUUGGAAGGUGAAAGAAAGGCUCACAGAGUGGUCCACUGGGUACUGCCCUCUAAGCAGGUGGGGUUUGACCUUCGAAGGCUUCUAACAUCUUCAAACCCCAAGUUUCUAUGAUUUUCUGUAAAGCAAGAUUCCAGGAACCAGAAAUAUCAUGGACUAUGUAACCUACAAGAAUAUUUGGAUAGAGAGGUUUGGUAGGAACAGACACUAUCCCUCUAGAAUGAAGACUCUGGGAGAAAUCUGGUGCACUACCCCAUGUCUCCAACCACCCCCACAUAGUUCUCCUUCCCUCUAUCCAGAGGCCAGAACAGGAUGGGAAUUCCGAGAACUGGAGCUCCUCAGCUGAAGGAAGUGCAAAAGAAGGUGCUGUGCUAUGGAUUCCCUUUUCUAGAAAAGCCUCAGGGACCUUCUGGGGAAACACCAGGUACCCAAGGGUCCCAAACCCAUGAAACAUGGGGUAUUUUGCACAAAUGAAAAUGAGUAGGUUGCUUCCCAAUAGGAAGGAUUCCUGGGAGGGAGCUUUCUGGGAAGACUAGUUUUGCCUCAGGAAAUUUGUUGCUGAUGUAAGAUGUUAGGGGAGGUCAUUAUUGUUUCUAGGAAUCUGGCCUCUCUUGGCAUAAGGACCAGGAAGGAAAAAAACAACCACCUUCUUACUCUUGAGAAGAGAGCUCUCCAUAUGUGCAGCACAGCAAACGUGCUCUCAGGCCAUUUGAGUGGGACAGCUUAUUGGCUCUGCUGGGGACAGAGACUGGGAAGUAGCUUCCUGGUCACAUCCUCAGUGAUCACUCUCACUUCACGGACUUUCAGAAAUUAGCUACCACCUCUUCAGGUUCUUCCUCAAGCUUCGUCUUUUUUGAUCUCCGAGGUUAUCAACCAUCGCUUCAAUGCUCUUCCUCAAGCUCCAUCUCCUUUGACCUCCAAGAUUAUUGACCAUCUCUUUAGGUUCUUCCUCAAGCUCCAUCUUCUUUGGUCUCUGAGGUUAUCGACCAUCUCUUCAAUGCUCUUCCUCAAGCUUCAUCUCCUUUGACCUCCAAGAUUAUCGACCAUCUCUUCAGGUUCUUCUUCAAACUCCAUCUUCUUGAUUUCAGAAGCUUUGGAAGAUGCUGCCUGCCCCCUCUUCCUACAUGUUUUCUCCUUCUGGCUUCCAUUUCUCUUUUCCUGAAGUUGGAGACAUAGGACAUGGGUGUCCUCUCCCUGAUGGCAAGAUCCAAGAUGCGGUCCAGCUAACCACACAAGGCUAGGGGCUGGGCAAGUUGUGGGGAGGGGAAGGAGCUCCCAGAGCCCCUCCCUCCCUCUCCUCCAAUCGAUCCCCAUGGAAAAAGGACAUUCUUGGCCUCAGGAUACCCGGGACCUUCUUCACAGCCUGAGAAUGAGGAGCAAAUAUGCUCUUUUCCUGCUGUUUGUGGUCAUUGUCUUUGUCUUCAUUGAGAAAGAAAAUAAAAUCAUAUCAAGGGUCUCGGACAAGCUGAAGCAAAUCCCCCAAUCCCUCAUGGACGCCAACAGCACCGACCCGGCGCUGAUCCUCGCCGAGAACGCGUCCCUCCUGUCCCUGAGCGAACUGGACUCUUCCUUCUCCCAGCUCCGGCAGCGGCUCCGGAACGUCACCCUGCAGCUGGGGGGAGAGCCGGCGGAGCUGCGGCCGGGCCCGCGGCGGCACGUGCUGCUGAUGGCCACCACCAGGACGGGCUCGUCCUUCGUGGGGGAGUUCUUUAACCAGCAGGGCAACAUCUUCUACCUCUUCGAGCCUCUGUGGCACAUCGAGCGGACCGUGACCUUCGAGCCCGGGGGCGCCAACGCCGCCGGCUCCGCGCUGGUCUACCGGGACGUGCUGAAGCAGCUGUUCCUGUGCGACCUCUACAUCCUGGAGCACUUCAUCAGCCCGCUGCCCGAGGACCACCUGACGCAGUUCAUGUUCCGGAGAGGGUCCAGCCGCUCGCUCUGCGAAGAGCCCGUGUGCACGCCCACCGUCAAGAAGGUCUUCGAGAAGUUCCACUGCAAGAACCGCCGCUGCGGCCCCCUCAACCUGACCCUGGCCGCGGACGCCUGCCUGCGCAAGGAGCACAUGGCGCUCAAGGCCGUGCGCAUCCGGCAGCUGGAGUUCCUUCGGCCGCUGGUGGAAGACCCCCGCCUGGACAUGCGGAUCAUCCAGCUGGUCCGGGACCCCCGCGCCGUGCAGGCGUCCCGCAUGGUGGCCUUCUCCGGCAAGUACGAGAUCUGGAAGAAAUGGGUGGCGGAAGGGGAGGCCCACCUGCGGGAGGACGAGGUCCAGCGGCUCCGGGGGAACUGCGAGAGCAUCCGGCUCUCGGCCGAGCUGGGCCUGAGCCAGCCCUCCUGGCUGCGGGGCCGCUACAUGCUGGUGCGCUACGAGGACGUGGCCCGCCUGCCGCUGCAGAAGGCCCGGGAGAUGUACCGCUUCGCGGGGAUCACCCUCACCCCGCAGGUGGAGGACUGGAUCCGGAAGAACACCCAAGCCUCCCAGGACAGCAGCGGCAUCUACUCCACCCAGAAGAACUCCUCGGAGCAGUUUGACAAGUGGCGCUUCAGCAUCCCCUUCAAGCUGGCCCAGGUGGUCCAGGGAGCCUGCGCUCCCGCCAUGCGGCUCUUCGGCUACAAGCUGGCCCCCGACCCCGCCACCCUCACCAAUCGCUCGGUCAGUCUGCUGGAGGACCGGGGCACCUUCUGGGUGACGUAAUGGCAGGAGGGGGCCUGGAUCCCCAGUCACAAGCCCGCCCCCACCCCCCUGACCUACCGACGUCAGCUGCCGGACCGAACCGCCACCGCGCAGGCGGAGCCGUGACAGCCCGAGAGAUGGGCUGUGGUGGCAAGGGUCGUCCAGUAAGAAAUUAAAUGAGCCAGGCGCGUCCCUCUUGCUAGAGAAGCGGGCCUUACCCUCCUCUGCGCCCCACCCCCUUCUCCUUCUCCUCUUGCCAGCGGGAUUUCCAAAGCAGCUUCCUGCCCUGCAAACCUCCAUCCCACCCGGAGGAAUCCUCCCCGGAGGCUGGAAGCUGGACUGCCUCCGAUCUCAUUUUCACCCGCCCACAGCACACUCUGCCUUCCUCCCCAACUUUCAAGCGUCUCCCGGUCCCUGCGGGGGACUUCUGCCCCAAGCACUCCAAGAGAGUCUCUCGUUGUGUUUAUCCUAAUUGUUGUAGAAGAGGGACCUGGAGGUGAGAGAUAGUCCUAGCCUGAAGGCCUCCUGGGAAACUCCCAGCCCCAGGGAGGCCCCUGCAGGCUCCUGGGUCUCACUACUACCUCCUUUUAUCUAUUAAGUUUACUCAUUUUUGUGGCUGACGGCUGCGUUAACCUGGAUUUUGGCCAACCCUCUUACAAUUUAUUUAUGACACACACUCACCCCCAAAGACCCGUUUGACUCCCACGGAGCCUCUCUCCUUAAAGGCUGCCGGGGCCUCCCUUUGGAAGGCAUCAUCAAAGCCAGGGGGACAGAUAAAAGGCCUCUUUAGUUGAUUGGCUGAAGCUGGACCAAGCCUGGGGAAUGUACAAAGAAUAUUCAGGGGAAAAGAGGGGAAUAGGACAGCCCGAAGUCCCUAUUUCUCUCUAGAAGACACUAGUCUUUUCCUACUCCUUCACCAGACCACAAAUUAGCCAUCAAAGUGACAAACCAGUAUCUCGAAGCUCCCCUCUCCCCCAUUGAGGUUUCUGGGGAGAAAACUGUAUAACUUGGUAGGGGACCAUUUGGGGCUUUAAAGUUAUUUAUGAUUUAGUUUCUUCUUUUGUUAUUUUUCUUCCAACAAGAAGUAUUGGUUGGAGGUUGUUGGUAGAAAAGUCAGUUGGGGUCCUGAGGGAGACUUAGAGGAACCAAAGGCUUCCCCUUAGCCCAGGGAUCAGGAGCCAUUGCUAUAGGGGGGUCCCCCCCAAAAAGUGAGGCAGCUGGAGUCAAUUUGAGCUCCCUCAGCCCUUCCUCCCCUCCUUCCACCAGUCCUGCUUUUCAGGAGGCUUGUCUUCAUUACCCCCAUUGUUUCCCUGUUCUUGUUGUGGGGGUGCUUCCCCCUCUCCUUAGAGAGGCACCCUGACCUCAGAAUGCUGUCUCCGUGCACAUGUUUUGCUUCUAAAGACAGUGUUCAGUGACAAGCUCCCCUGUCCCCUCAGAGCCCUGACCUAGAAUUUAGCCAACACAAAAAUGCAUUUGUUAUACACAAUUAAUUCCACCAGCAUUUAUUCAAGUGCCUUCAAGUGACCAAAGCUCUGUAUCAGGGACUGGGCAUCCAAAGACAAAAAACAAAUAAUUAGUGCCUGCCUUCCCGGAGCUUACGUUCUCCUGGGCAAUAGACAAGUGACAGUUCCACAUCUGGUCAUCCCAGGCCACCCAUAUUUGGUGAGAGGAGGGUGACAUUCUACUUUGAGAUUGGUCACCGCUCAGGGGAGCCUAAAGGCAGCCAAGUUACCAUGUCCAGACCAGGAGGGGUUCAUCCUUGCUGGGUGGGGCUACUUCCAUUUGGAGGAGUCAUGGCUGUUGCCUUUCUCGACUUCAUAUUCCAUGGAUGGGCAGUGACUUGACAUGCCUCCUUUCCCAGUAGAGAGAGCUUCAGUUUCAACAAAGUGGACUGACAUCCAUAGAACCCAGUAACACCAUCUGGGAACCUCUUCCCACCUCAGGAUGUGGUGUUGCUGAAGACAUCUCUGGCAGGCCCAGAAUGUUUUUUCCUUAUAAGGAGACUACUUUCCCCCUCCUCCCUGUCCCCAGUCCUCCUUUACCUCCUGGUUCCCCAAAGUGGGACGCUAUCAGUUCCAGCUAGCACUGUGCUAACAGGCAUCGAGGGGUGAGGGGGAACCCUUCCCUCCACUCCUAGAGUUGCUUUCUGGGGCUGCAGGCUCCCUGCUCCCUCCACCAUCAUCCCCUCCUCCCACCAGAGAUUUUUGGAGAACUCUGUUAAGAAUGAACUUGGGAGGGGAGGGUUUCCUAUCUUUGGGAUAUUGUUCACUGCAAAUUGAAUUAAUUUAUUUAUUUUGUGAAGAGAUAAAAAUAAAAAUAGUUUAUUUGCAGGGAGUCUGUGUCGUAUA